AUGUCUGCGCGGAUAAUAAGUGAGUUGUCAUGCAGGAGAAUGACACCACGUUCUCCUUCCUCACAGAAGGCGUCCGUGCUCAAUGCUAAAGACCUAGUGCACAUAGGAAGAACGGACAUAGUGUUUGAUGGAGUUGUUGGAGGUUCCAGUCAUGGUAGGACCACCACUGAUUGUGGAGAUCAUGUUGAUCUGCCUUUGGUGAGGGUUAGGUGGGGGUGGGAGGUUGUGCACAUAUUUAUCCAACUUCCCUUCAUGAAUAAGUUCUUCAAUGAUGUUGCGCAAGGCAACACAAGAUUCGGUAUCAUGGCCACUGAACUGAUGAAAAUGGCAGAAGACACCUGUGUUUGGCAUAGGCUUGUUGGACGGUCUCUGGGGGGAAGCUUGGGUAUGAUAGGUGCCUCAUGCACCAGGACAUUCUCAUAG